AGCCCAAAUUUGAUCCAAUGUCUGCGUAAAAUUGCUUGCCAAAAUCUUCUCUGCGGUCUUCUCCUCUUCUCUUCUCCAGCGGCGAUCUCCGGUCGGAAUCGAACUAUACUCGUGAAGAGCUGCUGUCGUCAUGGGUGAAUCAUUCACUAUACAGAUCCACAGCAAUUUAGUUAAACAGCUUGCUGAUGAGGGUGAAAAAUUGAAGAAGAAAACGAGGAAACCAAAAACAAAGAUACAAAGAGAAAACAAAACAGCACAUCAGAAGCUAAUCUCUAGUGAUCCUGAUGUAGUGAGGGGGCCUGCUGCUACAGGAUGGCCUGUUCAGCCUCCUUUGUUCAUCCCAGUACCUCCACCACCUCAUCCUGCAAUUGCAGAAUUAGAUGCUAUUAGAUCUGUGCUUAAAGAGAGCGAGGAGGUUGUGGAGAAGUUGCAGAAACAUGAGGAAAAAAUGUUGCAAGAAGUGACAAAGAAGGCGAAGGAUCUACACGAUAAGGAAUUCAAACUUCCGAAUCAAAAGCCUAUCCCCUGCUUGGAUGAGAGAGAUACUUGUUUUAAAUGCUACAAGGAACAUGAAAAGGACCCCCUAAGUUGUGCUAAUGUGGUUCAAAAUUUUGCAGAAUGUGCUCGCAGAGUUAAGCAGCAAGUCAGCCUGGCAGAUAAGUAGAUGUAGAUCACCAAAAAUAUUUACAAAGUGGUUGCCAUUUCACUUGGUGCAAAUAAAAACAAUGUAUUGUUUUAACCAUGUAGACUUGAAGCUUAUGGUGGUUGUUUUUUUUUCUUUUUUCCUUUGGCUUCUAAGUUGUGGAUGCAAAUAAUUUUUGUGGCAUUUGCCAAAAUGAAUAUUUCCUAACAAGAUGAACUUUAGGGAAAAAAAAGGGAUUUUUAUAUUUUGAUAACUA